AUGCUCUCUCACCACACUCUCAACCCUCACGCUCAACCUUUUUAUCUUUAUCCCAACCAACACCAACUACUGUAUUUUCCUCGUCCUAUCUGUUACUACGUUCCCCCCUCCACCACCGGAUUUUACGCUCCCUUUCACGCCCCAAUCUCCGACCCUUCUCGUCAACGCGCCAAAACCGACACCGUUCCGGGUAAACCGUGCGCCCCCACCGGAAACUGGCGCUACGUCCGCAAGUUUUACAAAUGGCGGGUUAGAGGAAGGAAGAUUCGAGCAAACUGUACGGGCGUUAUGCCGUUUCCUAACACCGUCAAAGAAGCUGAGUCCUCUUCUAUAACCACCGUCAUGAUUCGCAAUGUCCCUAACCAAUUCAAGUUUGAUGACUUGCUACACAUACUGGACGAGCAUUGUUUGCGGCAGAACAAGGGCGUUGUUGAUCCCGAGGAGUGGUCCAAGUUUGACUUCGUUUAUCUGCCGGUGGAUUAUAGGAAAUAUGCGAUGCAGAAAAGGGUUUCGAAUUUGGGAUAUGCCUUUGUUAACUUUACCUCUCCUGAAGCUGCGUUCAGGUUCUACGUCGAGUUCCAUGGUCACGAAUGGGAUGUUGCCCAGAACAAAAAGAUAUGCGAAAUCAACGUGGCUCAGUAUCAGGGCAGAGAUACUCUGAUGAGGGUUUUCCAGACAAAAGUAUUCCGGUGUGCGAGCCCAGAUUUAUUGCCUGUGCUAUUUUCAGAAGGCCGUAACGGCUUGAAUCGUCGAAUCGAGGGAACUUAUUUGGGAAAUCAUGUUUGUGGCCUGCCACCAAGAACCAAAAGAACCGGUGCUUUUGAUCAGAAAGUGUGAUUUGAGCCCUUUUCCGUACCUCUUUCCCCUUUCCAGGGAAACUUAAUCGUUAGCUUUUUCAUUUCACCUUUUUCCUAGGCUGAAUCACUUCUUGGUCUUGGAUUUCGAUGCUGGU